AUGUUCAGCGAUUACAUUGCGAAUCCAACUCAGACAACGCCUAACACUCAAGCCCAGUCUCAAUUUGACGAUAUUUGGAAGACUGAGGCUGAAAUUACUGCUUGCGACCUACUCUUAAGCUCAUCAAUUAUGCAGGACAACUGGCUAGAGUACUUCUCUUGCGAUUUGGAUUAUGAGAACAAUCUUCACUCAAUCCCUUCUUGCUCAGCCUCAAGCUCAAGCUCAGCCAUUUCCACCAAUCAGCUCUACUGCCACAACACGCCUACAACUCCUUCACUCGUUCCUUCUUCUCCAAUCAGCCCCGUUGCGCCCGCCUACUCACCUCCUCAGCCAGAAGAUUGUUUUGAGGAAUCCAACACUUACUGUAUGAGUCAAACAAGUCCAUCAUCUUCAUUUUAUGGUGAUGUCAAUGAUUCCCCAUACUCUUUCAAACUGACAGCGAGUCCUGUCUUGGAUCAACCAAAAAUCAACUUGCCUCACUAUGCUAGCUUGAGUGAGCAAAAUGACGUCGCUGAAAAUGUUGAUGACGAAACCGAGCUUGAGGAUUCAAAAGAUCAAGACUUCUCUCAGCCAGCUUCCCCAACGCCUGUAUGCAAUGCACACAUACAGAUCCCACCAAGGUUGACUCUACUAGCUUCAUCGUCGGCAUCGGACGGCUCACAAUCACAAUUACAAUCAAAACCUCAUACGGCUUCACCAACAUCACCACCAUCACCACCAUUAACAACACCGGUCAAACCAGCACAUAUGAAUCAAGUCAGUCAGGAAGAUUUUGACGCAAACCCAGCAAUAGUGCUUAGUGAAUAUCCAGACUCAGAAAAACCGUCAACAACGUAUGCUCAAAUACUGACUGAUGCAAUAAAAAGAGCGCCAAAGCGUAAACUCUUACUCGAUCAAAUCUACGACAUAUUCAUAUCCAAAUACAAAUCAUACAAGUCACAAAGGGACUCAAAAGGAUGGCAAAAUUCAGUCAGACAUAAUUUAAGUCUUUACGCUUGCUUUUACCAACAAGAUCGCCUAGAUGGCGAAAAGGGUAGAGGUAAAUAUUGGCUAGUUGAUGAGAGCAUUACAAGCGUCACUGAGAGCAACAGGUCGCGCAAACCAAAAGCAAAGUUAGACAAGUUAUUCGCCCGCACUGGUGAGAAGAGGUCGGCACGUUCUGCCAAGACAAAGGCAAGCAAGAAAGCCAAGCAUGUUGAGGAGUAUGAGAGCGAAGAUGAUCAUCAGGUUGAAGAUCUGCCUAAAGCUUCCAGGACCAAAAGGGAGAUACCAAGCCAUUCGGGCAUCAUUGUCAGGAAAGAGAUUUGGUCUGAGGACGAGAAUGAGGAAUACUAG